AUGAAGACGAGCCGCCGCGGCCGAGCGCUCCUGGCCGUGGCCCUGAACCUGCUGGCGCUGCUCUUCGCUACCACCGCCUUCCUCACCACGCACUGGUGCCAGGGCACGCAGCGGGUCCCCAAGCCCGGCUGCGGCCAGGGCGGGCGCGCCAACUGCCCCAACUCGGGCGCCAACGCCACGGCCAACGGCACCGCCGCCCCCGCCGCCGCCGCCGCCGCCGCCGCCGCCGCCGCGGGGAACGGCCCCCCUGGCGGCGCGCUCUACAGCUGGGAGACUGGCGACGACCGCUUCCUCUUCAGGAAUUUCCACACCGGCAUCUGGUACUCGUGCGAGGAGGAGCUCGGCGGGCUCGGUGAAACAUGUCGCAGCUUCAUUGACCUGGCCCCAGCAUCGGAGAAAGGGGUCCUGUGGCUGUCGGUGGUGUCCGAGGUGCUGUACAUCCUCCUGCUGGUGGUCGGCUUCAGCCUCAUGUGUCUCGAGCUCUUCCACUCCAGCAAUGUCAUCGACGGGCUCAAGCUCAACGCCUUCGCAGCUGUCUUCACGGUGCUGUCCGGCCUCCUGGGAAUGGUCGCCCACAUGAUGUACACACAGGUGUUCCAGGUCACCGUGAGCCUCGGCCCCGAAGACUGGAGACCCCACUCCUGGGACUACGGAUGGUCCUUCUGCCUGGCGUGGGGGUCCUUUACCUGCUGCAUGGCAGCCUCCGUCACCACACUCAACUCCUACACCAAGACGGUCAUUGAGUUCCGGCACAAGCGCAAGGUCUUUGAGCAGGGCCACCGGGAGGAGCCAACCUUCAUAGACCCUGAGGCCAUCAAGUACUUCCGGGAGAGGACACCACCCACACAUGGGAGAUUCCUGGCCGCGGAGCUCCGCUCACGAGAUGCCAGAGCUGAACCGUCAGUGCUGGGUCCUGGGGCACUGGGUGUGACCGAGACCCAGCCUGGCCCCCGGACCUCAGGCGGUCGUCGGAACCGGCCCCCUGCCAGAAGGCCACCGGUCUGGCGCCCCUGGAGACCCGGCCCGUGUGCUGUGAACUGAUCCAGCCUGUGUGGGAGACGCAGGCCUGCCCUUCCCACCGCUGUCUGGGGCUCAGGGCCCUGGCAAUGGAGCCGGGGUGGCCCGAGGGAAUGCGCAGGGCUGCGCACGGCGACUCUGGGACAGCAGCUCCUGACCCUUGCCGCCGUCACAUGCGGCGCCCUGUUUGGUGCAGCUGGGACGCCAGGAGAGGCAAGGUCAUCGGCCACUGAGGGCCGGCCAGGAAGUUCA